AUGCUAUCCGCAGUCCUGAUUCUUGUGGGUGUUGCCCUCACCAUCCUUUACAUUCGAAACAAACCUCGCAAGAACCUCCCUCCUGGUCCCAAGCCCCUCCCCAUUCUUGGUAACAUCCGAGACAUGCCAGAUGGGAUAACCCCAGAAUACCAACACUGGAUUAAGUUCAAAGACCUUUACGGCCCAAUCAGCCAUGUCUCGAUCCUUGGCCAAUCGCUCAUCAUACUCCACGACCGUGACGCUGCAAAUGCUAUCCUAGAGAAGACGUCUACCAAGACAUCUUCACGCCCACAGUUUGUCUUUGGCAACGAGAUGUGCGGGUACAAUCAGAUUCUCAGCUUCAAGCCAUACGGUAAACUGUUGAAACAACAUCGCAAGUUGGUCCAUCAGCAGCUUGGUACUAAAACAGCAGCAUCACGAUUUCGGGACGUUCAAGAUGUGGAAUCACGCCGGCUUCUGCUCAGGAUCUUGAACAGCCCUGAGAAGCUAUCGGCACAUAUCAAGACCGAAGCAAGCGCCAUAAUUCUGAAGAUGACAUACGGCUACAACCUCGAGGCGGAAAAGCAGGAUCCACUAGCGCUCCUGAUAGAUCAAAUGAUGCAUAAUUUCUCACUCGCGUUCGUCCCUAUGAGCUGGCCGGUUGAUGUCCUACCUAUACUUCGGUAUCUCCCAGAAACACUUCCAGGAAUGUCUUUCAAGCGCAUAGCACGGGAUUGGAACUCCAAUAUGCGCAUGGUAGUCGACGUGCCGUACGACUUCGUCAAAAAGCAAAUCGUAAAGCAGUCUUAUCGACCAUCUUAUGUCUCUUCGCUUGUCAAGCAGCAUGGUGGCGAUGUAGAUGAAGAGACCGAGGCUGCCAUCAAGCAAACCGCCGCUGUCAUGUACGCGGGGGGCGCGGAUACGACUGUUUCGUCCAUUCGUGGUUUUGUACUGGCUAUGUUGCUGUUCCCAGAUGUCCAGAGGAAGGCACAGCAAGAGAUCGAUUCUGUUGUAGGGACCGAAAGACUUCCCCAAUUUGAAGAUCGAGAUAAUCUUCCUUACGUCGAUGCUUUGAUCAAGGAAACACUCAGAUGGAUACCGGUAACCCCAAUGGGAGUUGUUCACACAGCGGAUGAGGAUAUCCACUACAAAGACUUUGUUAUUCCCAAAGGAGCAUCAUUCCUGCCAGCGACGUGGUGGUUCCUUCAUGAUCCAGCGAUCUAUUCAGACCCAUCUGCUUUUGAUCCGGACAGGUACCUGGAACCGCGAAACGAACCUCACCCCAAUUUCGCAUCAUUUGGGUUCGGUCGUAGAGUCUGUCCCGGGCGGUUCCUCGCUGAUGAGAGCCUGUUCAUCAGUAUUUCACGUCUUCUGGCUGCCUUUGAGAUAAAGAAGGCUGUUGAUGGCCGGGGCAAUGAGAUUGAACCUCAGAUAAGUCUCACGCCUGGCAUGAUUGCUCACAUUCGUGACUUCCCAUAUGACAUCAAGCCGAGGAGCGAGAAGUACGCGGAUAUGAUUAGACAGGUUGAGGUUGAUCAUCCAUGGGAGCCAGCUGAUGCUACGUUUCUGAGCCAGGACCUGUCUCUCGAGUCGGAAAAGGUUUAA